GCUCGCUUAGAGACAGCGAAAGCGGAGGGAGAGAAAGAGAGCCUGAGAGGAAGCUUGGCAGGCGGUUCCUGUUGCUGUAUCUUCUUCUAAACCAUUAUUCCUUUAAAAUACCCUAAAAAUUCGAAACACUUUCCCAUCCUUUCCUCUUUCUUCUUUGUUCUCUAUGUCGGAUUCAUGAAUUUAUGCGGCAAAGCUUCCAAAAGUUUCCAACGAAUCCUCUCCUUCGCUCCCCUUCUCCUUCUUUCGGCGCACUCAUUCUUCUCACAUGUUCGAUUCCAAAGCGCCAUGAGUUAAUAGAACCUCUCUUCCAAUUCAAACUUCACCUCCCUCCUUUCCAUUCCCUUUUUUGAACUCAAAAACGAACCCAAAAUCCCUCCUUUCUUCUUCCUCCAUCACAGAGAGCUCCCCUGUUUUAAGAUGAUCGAGUUAUCACCGGACUCCGACGGAGAAAUCGGCUCCGAAACGGUUAACUCGAGCCAGAGCUCGAUGAGCAGUGGCAGCUGCGAGCGUUGCAGCAGCUUCUCCCGUCUUUCCUUCGACGCCGCCGCCGCUCCUCCGCCGGAUUCCUCUUCCAAGCCCCAUCGCUCCUCCGACGCCGCCUGGGCGGCCAUUCGCUCCCGCGGUACCGGUCGUCUCGGUCCCAAAGAUUUUAAACUCCUCCGCCGUAUAGGCUCCGGCGACAUUGGCAAUGUAUACCUCUGCCGCCUCCGUGAUGAACACGGCGGCGACGUCCAUCCAUUGCUUUACGCCAUUAAAAUCGUCGACAAGCAGGUCCUUGCAAAGAAGAAGAAGCUNNGAAGAGCGGAUACAGAGCGGCGGAUUUUGAGAGUUCUCGACCAUCCCUUUCUCCCCACUCUCUUUGCUGAUUUCGACGCCUCCCCACACUACUCCUGUGUAGUAAUGGAGUAUUGUAGCGGUGGUGAUCUCCAUUCUCUCCGUCAUCAUCAACCCGGCCGCCGAUUCCCCUUCCUCUGGGCCAGGUUCUAUGCGGCGGAGGUUCUCCUCGCCAUCGAAUAUCUUCACAUGCUCGGAAUCGUUUACAGAGAUCUGAAACCAGAGAACAUCCUCAUUCGAUCCGACGGCCACAUUAUGCUAUCCGACUUCGAUCUCUCCCUCGAAUCAUCCUCCUCCCCAGCCGUCGAGACAUCGAAGCCGACCCCGCCGCCACCGGCCCGGCUCUUCCGGCGAAGAGUUGCCGCCAGACGAGCGGCGCAGCCUUGCCGGAGGUUUGUCGCCGAGCCGGUGGAAGCACGGUCAAACUCAUUCGUCGGGACCCACGAAUACGUGGCGCCUGAGGUAGCAGCCGGCGGGCCCCACGGAAAUGCCGUCGAUUGGUGGGCCUACGGUGUCUUCCUCUACGAGCUUCUCUACGGGCGGACGCCAUUUGCGGGUCCCACAAAUGAGGUCACGCUCCGGAAUAUUCUCAAGCAGCAGCUGGUCUUUCCAAAGCCGGCGGCCGCUGCCAUCGCCGCCGACGAGUCCGCCGCUCGCGACCUCAUUUCCGGCCUCCUGAAAAAGGAUCCCUCCACACGGCUCGGCUCCAGACGCGGCGCCGCCGACGUGAAGACGCAUAAAUUCUUCAAAGGACUCAAUUUCGCGCUCCUCCGCUCCUAUCCGCCGCCGAUCAUGCCGGGCUUGCGCCGAUCAGAUUCCUGCAAGCAGAACCAGAGGCCCGCCCGAUUUGACUAUUUCUGAAAUCUUUAUUUUGGUGUCGACACGUGGCUCGCAGCGAGACGUCGAUCAUCUACGAAAUUUGAAGAUUCUCGUUUGUCCGUAGCUAUCUACAAAUGCACGUUUUUGUAUGGAGGUGUUGGAACUUGUUAAGAUUAUUUAAGAAUAUGAAGGUACAUAAAAGACUGCUAAUGGCUUAAGUAAUUCUUAAACAGGAUUAGGUGGCGCUUUGGCAUGAUAAACAAAGUUAUUAAUGGACGUUAAUCUGUACGGAGUGGUGACGUGUCUCGCUUUAAUUCUGUGGCUUUUAAUCAAAGUCAAGUGGGUCGUACGAUCUGAGCCGUUUAUCAAGGGAACGUAAGUCGGACCGCAGGCUCGCCAUGUGCGCCCUAACGUGCUCGUAGGCGGCUAUGGUUCUGUUGGGUACCCGCGCAAAACGUCGGGCGUGGAUUGAUCGGACGCGAGAUGUGCGGUGGUGGAGGCGGGUGGGUCGAAGGGUGAGAAUGAAACGGGUUCUUCUGAAUAAAAAAUAGAUUUGGGAUUAA